GGGCCUUUUCAAAGUAGUUUUCUUCCAGGAAGAAGCACUGCAGAUAAUAUCCUCCUCACUCAGGAAGCUAUCCAUUCAAUGCGUAGGUCAAGAGGUAAAAAGGGUGCUCUUGCAUUCAAAAUUGAUCUUCAUAAGGCCUUUGAUAGUGUUGAUUGGGAUUUUCUUCAUUUAGUUCUGGAAGAUUUUAAUUUUCCAACUCCCCUCAUCCGAUUGAUUAUGUUCUCAGUAUGCUCUUUGCAACUAAGUGUUCUCUGGAACGGGGAAGAGUUACCUCCCUUUCAACCACAGCGAGGAUUACGCCAAGGUGACCCUCUAUCCCCUUAUCUUUUUAUUAUGGUCAUGGAGAAGCUCUCUCACAAAAUUCAAAGCCGCGUGCAAUCCCCGGUAUGGCGACCAUUCAAAAUCUCUAGAGGAGGAUUAGAGCUUUCACAUCUCUUUUUUGCCGAUGAUCUCAUGCUUUUUUGUACAGCAACUCAAAAUCAAGUGGAAGUGGUCAUGGACUGUAUAAGAGAAUUCUCAAUGGAAUCUGGGUUAGACAUUAAUUUAGCUAAAUCUAAGCUUUAUGUCUCGCAGAAUAUACAAAGGCAUAUAGCAACGUCUCUCAGUAAUGCUUGUGGAAUUCCUUUAACAAGUGAUAUGGGAAUGUACUUGGGAGUUCGCAUUUUACAUGGAAGGCAAACAAAAGAUACUUAUAAGCACUUACUUGAGAAAAUCCAAGUAAAGCUAUCCAACUGGAAACAGAAAAUGUUGAGCAUGGCAGGGAGAAGGAUCCUGGUUCAAUCAGUUACCUCUGCAAUACCUACAUACACAAUGCAGUCAAUACUUCUUCCAGAUUAUGUUUGUGCAGCUAUUGAUCGAUUGAAUAGGAAUUUUCUUUGGGGGUCCGAUGUGGCAAAUAGACCCCAUCUUGUUAAUUGGCACUCUGUUUGCUUACCCAGAACUCAAGGGGGUCUUGGGAUACGUUCGGCUAAGGAUAAUAAUCGGGCUUUAAUAGCAAAGCUUGGUUGGCAAUUGCUAUCUAACCCGGAGAAGCCAUGGUGCAGGGCUUUUAUUCAAAAAUACCUUCAGCGUGGAAGUUUCAUGUCCUGCAACAUCAACUCAACCUCCUCUGUUACGUGGAAGAGUAUUUUACGGUGUAGAGAUGUCUUACGGCUAGGCCUUCGGUGGAGAGUUGGUAGUGGGGAAAAGAUCAAAUUCUGGCAGGAUGCUUGGGUCAGCGACAGGCCUUUGUUGGAUGCUGCUUUAAUUCCAGUGCUCGAAGACCAGAUUGAUAUUCCUGUUUCUCAUGUAAUUAAUCCAGAUAGGACUUGGGAUUUUCAGGUACUGCAGCAACUUCUCCCAGAGUUGGUGGUUGAACAAAUCUCGGCUUUACCAUUACCAUCUUUCGGACAUCAAGAGGAUGGAAUAGGAAGAUUAUUCACAAAUUCCCUUAGAUUUGAACGGCAUUUUGCAUCUUCACCCAUGUGUCCAAGAUGCGAACAAGAUCAGGAGACUCCAUUGCAUCUUCUAAGAGAUUGCUAUUAUUCCCGGCUGGUAUGGGAAUCUACACCUUUGCCAGCAAACUUCUUUAACUUGGACUUCGAUGGCUGGCUUUACCAAAAUGCAACUUCCACUUCUUCAACUGGAGAGUCUCGUCAGCUGUGGUCCAUGUUGUUCCUAGCCCUCCUUUGGUACAUCUGGAAAAGUAGAAAUGCUUUGAUCUUUGAAGACAAGCGGCUUCCACCCCAAAUUGUGCUUCAACAGGCUACUUCCUUAGCUAUGAACACCAAAUUAGCACUGGCUACGCAGAUUUCAAGCCGUCCUCGAGUCUCUCGUUGGGUAAGAUGGUACCCUCCCGAUCUUCCUUUCUUUAAGCUAAAUACAAAUGGGGCCAUGAAUCAUGCUACAACGAAAGCGAGUGCUGGCGGAUUGAUUUGAGAUCAUGAAGGUCGUUGGGUCCAUGGUUUUUCUUUGAGCAUUGGGCAUCAAUCCAGUUUUAUGGCAGAGCUCUCGGGGUGCAGAAAGGGUUUGCGCAUGGCAUCUGAUCUCGGAAUCACCCAUUUGAUCCUGGAAAUGGAUUCUCUCCUAGUGGUUCACAUGCUGCAGGCAAAGGAAGGGGUGGAAGGCUUAGCUUGGACCCUAUUUUCUGACAUUCUCCAUCUUCUAAGAACGUUUUCUGAGUAUCAUGUGCAGCAUACUUUUAGGGAGGGUAACUUUGCAGCAGAUUAUAUGGCUGCUAUUGGCCAAAACCUCUCCCAUGGUGUCACUAUGUUUCCAGAGCCUCCGGUCGGAAUUGCCAGCAUUCUUAAUAGGGAUGCCGUAGGGACGUUGUUCCCUCGGUUUUAGUUUUUCUGCUUUGUUUUUAUCUCUUAUGUACCAAAAAAAAAAAAAAAAAAAAAAGAUCAGUGGUAAUU